AGGUCAUGAGAUGGCUGUUCCUCCUCCGUCAGGUGCCUGCACAGGCUGGGCUUGGAGGAAGGUCCUGCCCUGCUCCUGACACUGUUUGCACACUCCCCACGUCUCCUGUGCCUCGUGCCAGCGUGACAAACAGCCCUUCCCAGGCUCUGCUUGGUGCCACGGAUGUGGGAGCGCCGAGAGAGCAUCAAUCCAUUGUGAGUCGCGCACACGCAGCAGAGAAAGAACAGAACCUACGGCAGCCUGUCAGCAGCAAGGAAUUUCAGCUGGAUGACUGCAUAAGGGGCAGAAAGCUUGGAACUAGAAGUACAGAAGACAUCAAGGCAGACCUCCUGCAAUCAAACCAGCACCUUCAGACAGUACCCUCCCGUGUGCUGGACCCGCCAGCCAUAUGCCGAGGAGACCAAGCUGUCAGCUCUGAGACAGCGCUGGGCGCAGCCCAUUGUGUCCGAGUCACUCUGCCUGCUCUGGGAGAGCUGCUCAGCAGCAGCAGUUCCUGCAGCCCCUUUGUCAGACGAGUGACGUGGCACGGAGCGGUUCUAGCAAACGAGGACUCUGCUGUGACAACUGACGCAGAGACUCUGCUUGGGUUUUUUAUUCUUACUGAGGCUAAAGGACCACAGGAACCAGGGAGGAUCUUCACUGCGGAGGGAAAAACCAACCUGGUCUGGGUGGUGUAGAGGGUGCUCUCCCUGACCCUUCUUCUGGAGACGAGGUGGCUGUCCCAGAAGAGGGUUGUCCCCUGGAGCUGUAACACAACACCGUGCAGCACCACCGGCCGGCCGGGCCUCACUUGGAAGCCACCCUGCUUGGUGGGUCUUACCCUGGGUCUGAGUGGGAACAAGAGGGAGUGAAUGAUCUGAGACACGUUCUCCUUGAUGGGUGGUACUGUGUGGUUACCACACAGCACGUCCUCCAGAAGAAAUCCAAAAUACAUCUUCCUGUACCGGCACAAAUCUGACUGUUCCCCUGAUAAACUGUUCACAUGGAAAGAUACAAUUUGCAUGGUUGUCAUCAAAGCAGCGUGUGGAUCCGUUUGUGGAAGCGUGUCAGACACCAUAUGUCAGUAAUAUGCCUUUGAUAUGUUGGUGUCUGAAUUGGUUUUUAACAGCUGAAUGACAUAUGUUUCAAUGUAAACAUCUGUUCUGUGUUGGUACUCUACUGCCUGUAUUUAUUUCUAUAUUUUCCCUUAACUAACAGUGUGAUUCAAGCCCAGUGUGGGAUUCAUCCUGUAUUUAAAGAAAGACAGUUUUUGUAGUAUUUCAGCAUGUGGCCAUAGAUGAGAAGGGCAUUUAAAAGAGAUCCUUUUCCCUUUUGGUAACCAGAAAAAACUCAGUUUCCAAGCAAAAUAAAAAUCUAAUGUGACAAGAAGUUUGUUAAAUGAAAAGAUUAUUGUUUUAGUGUUGGGCAGGUUCUGUAAUGUAUGGAUUUACUGAAAAGCAAUCCAUGUAAGAGCAGUGUGUUAAACCCUGCUGACGGUAAAUUGGUUUUAUCCAGAAACUUUUCUGAUGCAGUUAAAGAACUUGCAGUGUAAUAAAUGACUUAAUAAAGGGAUGAAAUAAUACGCUAUGUUUGCAAGGCUAUUCAUUACACGUGUGAAACUGGAAACCAGUGUCACAACAAAGGGACUCA